AAUUUGGAUCGUUUCUCCACUAUUUUUAUCUUUUUUUAUUUAUUUAAAAUUUAGCCUUCAUUAUCUUGAAAAUUGAAUUAUUAGAACCAGUCAACAGGGCAGUAGUAGAGGGCUGCACGUCUCUUACUCUUACAUUGGUGUCUUUCUUAUUUUGUCUAAGAUACUUGGAUAUCUAGAAUUGUCGGUUCUGGAUGAUCAAAUCGAGGGUAUGAAAGAUAACAGUAAAGAUUAAAAAAUACUAAUACUCAGAUCUUUAUGUUCUCAAGUUUCUCAUGUCAUGUAUAUUUAUAGCUAUUCUGAUUAUUCUAUAUCAAGUAUGUAAGUUUUAAGAUUUGGGUAUAUUGCUAUCUUGUAAUAGAAUGUUUUUCCGGGUCAAUUGGAAGAUACUCAAGGGAAUUGAUGCGAUUUCCAUGGAUAUGAAAGAGAAGAAAUUAACAGUGAUAGGAACAGUGGAUCCGGUAAGUGUGGUGAGCAAAUUGCGCAAAUACUGGCAGACAGACAUAGUAGCAGUAGGACCAGUGAAGGAGCCAGAGAAGAAAGAGGACCCCAAGAAAGGAGACGGCAAGAAGGAUGGAGAAAAGAAAGAUGAUCAAAAGAAGGAAGAUGGCAAAAAGGAAGAGGGAAAGAAAGAAGAGAAGAAGGAUGAUGAUAAGAAGAAAGAGCCACCCCUAGAUCCUGUUUUGGAAUGGGUAAAGGCUUAUAGGGCAUAUAACCCCUACAUGACCACACACUACUAUGCUCCAAGCAUUGAAGAGAAUCCCAAUGCCUGUGUCAUUUGUUAAGGGAAUUCAAGGACAUACUUUUUCAACAUGUAAAUAAUAUGGUCAUGCCUUGUUCAGUUGUUGGGAUGUUUUCAUUGUGUAGAGAAGCAGCAAUAAAAUUUUGGGGAUGUAAUUUCAUUAUAUACUUUUUUGCUGUAAUAUAUAGUUGCUAUUUGAAUGGAUCAUCAUCCACUAAAUUAAUGUAGCGUGUAUGUUUGUUUAAAAUAUUAUUUGAAAUAAAAAGGCUUUUUUUUUUUGUGGGGUUGGGUGAGGGGAAGCAGCCCCAACUCCAGAUCUAUUGGCACAUCUCAACCACUCCAAACCACAAAGAAAAUGCCUUUUUUGUUAGUCCGUAGCAUUGUCAUGUCUUUCUUUAUGUGGGACAUGGUGGCUGAAAAGCAUAGUACCCCAUUAAUUAUUGAGGUUGAGAUUCUUUUCCA